AUGAAAGCAGCAGUAAUCAGUGGAUCCAAAGACCCUCUCUUUGAAGUUAAAGACGUACCAGUUCCAGAAAUAUCUGACCAUGAGAUCCUCAUCAAAGCCAAGUCAUUUGCCGUUAAUCCAACCGAUUGGAAACAUGUUGAGUUUCAAUUUGGUAAACAAGGAGAUAUAUUAGGUAGUGAUGUUAGUGGAAUUGUUGAAAAAGUUGGUGCUAAAGUUGACAAUUUCAAAGUUGGUGAUUACGUCAGUUCGUUUAUUGUUGGUAAUGUCUCACCCAAGAAUGGAGCUUGGGCUGAAUAUGUUGCUGCUAAUCCAUUGGGAACUGUCAAAUAUCCAAAGUUGGUAGAAGAUCCUACAAAGACUGAAUCAGGUCCAAUCAAGACUUUUGAAGGAGCAGCUAGUACUACUUUAGGUUUAGUUACAGUUGGUUAUUCGUUUGCUUAUUCAUUAAAGAUUCCUGAAAAUUUCAUUGAAGGAGAUUUCAUUUUAGUUUGGGGCGGUGCCACUGCCACUGGUAUAUUGGCUAUUCAAUUGGCAAAAUUGAUUUAUGGUUUAAGAGUAGUUGCCACUGCAUCCCCCAAAAACCACGAAUACCUUAAAUCUUUAGGUGCUGAAUAUGUCUUUGAUUAUAAUGAUGAUCAAGUUAUUAACAAGAUUAAAGAAGUUGUUGGAGGGUCAUUGAAAUUUGGAUUUGAUACAAUUGGAUCUCCUGAAACUUUUCAAAAAACUUAUGAUGCAACUGCCAACUCCGAAGGUACAAUUUUUCUUGAUUCAACCUUGUUCCAAGACGGCACCAAUAUCAAAUUGAAUGAAUCUAGAGAUAAUUACAAGAUUCAUUGGGGUCAUACUUUGGCUUAUCUUGCAAUUACAAAGACCAAGUUUUUCGGUAAGGAUUUAUACCAACCCGACGAUUUAUUGAAAGAUUAUGAACCUUGGUGGACUGAAGUUUUACCUAAAUACAUUGAUAAAGUGAAACAUGCCAAUUUGAAAAUUUUGUCCCCUGGUUUACAAAGUGCAGGUGAAGCUUUGAAGUUGUCUAAAGAGGGUGUUUCUAAUGUUAAAGUUGUAUUUGAUACAUAG